UGUUUCUCCUCCAGCAUCAUGGCUUACAGCCUCUCCAAAGUGCUUUGAACUGACGGCGGGGUUGAGUCAGACAGAGAGAGCCCUCCUGUGCAGAUCCACCAGUGGGAAAGCAGCAGACGGAUGCAAGCCCUCCUCCUCCUCCUCUCUCACUGUCGCAUCCAUCCAUUCUCUUAUCCAACUAUCCACCUAUCCAUCCACCCAUUCGCCUCCAAGGGCGUCUGAAGAGGCGUCAGAGACCCGCCGGGAACGCGCCAUGCGUGAGGACGAGUGAGUCCUUGGUGAAUUUUACGCCUGCUGCCUCUGGUCUGUUUGGAGCGGCUAACAGCUGAACCUGAACCGACUCAAGGAUGAAAAUGCUCCGGUUUCGCAGCCCCAGCAUCCGCUCCCUGGAUCAGGAGAUCCUUUGCACGAUCAGGUUGUUGGACGACUCCGAGCUCUCCUGCAGCAUCCAGAAAGACACCAAAGGCCAGUUCCUGUUGGACCACGUGUGCAAUCAUUACAACCUGCUGGAAAAGGACUAUUUUGGUAUUCGAUAUGUAGAUCCUGAGAAGCAAAGGCACUGGCUGGAGCCCAAUAAGCCUGUUGUGAGGCAGAUGAAAUCAGCCCACCAGCCGUACAUGAUGUGCUUCCGGGUCAAAUUCUAUCCCCACGAGCCCAUGAAAAUCAAGGAGGAGCUCACCAGGUAUCUUCUGUAUCUCCAGCUGAAGAGGGACAUCUACCAUGGUCGUCUGCUCUGCCCAUUUGUUGAGGCUGCAUAUCUAGGGGCCUGCAUUGUACAGGCUGAACUUGGAGAUUAUGAUGCAGAAGAGCAUCCAUGCGACUACAUCAGAGACUUCAAACUGUUCCCUAAACAAUCCCUCAAACUAGAGAGGAAGAUCAUGGAAAUACACAAGAAUGAGCUCAGGGGCCAGAGUGCUGCACUAGCUGAGCUGAACAUGCUCCAAAGGGCUCACAGUCUUGAAACGUAUGGAGUUGACCCACAUCCAUGUAAGGACUUCACAGGCGCCACAGCUUUUCUUGGGUUCACAGCCACAGGGUUUGUGGUUUUCCAGGGAAACAAGAGAAUUCACCUCCUCAAAUGGAUGGAUGUUAGUAAGCUGAAGUUUGAAGGGAAAACCUUUUACGUCAUCGGGAUCCAGAAAGAGUCAUCAAUGAAGAAACUGGUCCUGACCUUCCACACCUCGACUCCUGCAGCAUGCAAACACCUCUGGAAAUGUGGGGUGGAGAACCAAGCCUUUUACAAAUGUGCGAAGUCAAGUCAGAUAAAGACUGUUUCCAGUAGCAACAUCUUCUUCAAAGGCAGCAGGUUCAGAUACAGUGGAAGGGUAGCAAAGGAGGUGAUUGAAGCCAGCUCAAAAAUUCAGAGGGAUGCUCCAGAGGUGCGCAGAGCUCAAUUUGGUCAGAGUCGAAGUUUCAACUCUCUGAGUCACAAAAAUCUCAUCAUGAACAUGGAGCCUCUGGUACCUGCACUGCCCUCCACCAAUGAGUACGAAGAGACGGCAGCAGACAGUGGUGCUGUUGCUGUGAAGGACUCUGUCCCCCUGUCUUCCCUUGAACAUCCAGCAGAGCCAGCUGCUGCAGAGCAUCGAAGUGUCAAAGGAGAUACCUCUGCUUCCAGCAAUGACCUGCAGCCUCCCUGUGUUUCUACAGAAAACUCUAACCUCCGACCUCAAGCACUGAAAGAUGAAGAUGGAUUUGAAGAGGAGGAAGAAGCUGGUGGCGCACUCACCAUUUCUGAAACUGCAUACAGCCCCUGUGCCAGCAUGCUUCCCAGCCCGGUGGAUGACAGUCAGGGAGGCGUUGACCUGCUCUUCUCUCCGGUUCAAAGUCCAGCCAGGCUGUUGAGGGAGCUGCACGCAGACCCUGACAUUCAGGCCCAGCUAGAGGCUGAAAGGGCGCGAGACCGCGCCUAUGAACGCACCCGUCUGGCUGCAAGAAGUCAAAUGAGCGGAGUCCUGACCAACAGUCUCCGCUUGCUUUCCUCCAAUGAGAGAGUCAACGCAUGCAUGCUGAGCGUGGUCCGCUUCGUUUCUGUGGUGGUAGGCGUUCUGCUCGUCACUGUGCCCGCCCUGCUGCUUCUCCUGGAGUCAGACAUCAACUGGUCAUUCCUUCACGAGAUCCGACAGACACCAGAGUUUGAGCAGUUCCACUACGAGUAUUACUGCCCGCUCCGGCGCUGGAUCCUUUGCAGGAUCAGCAUGGCCAUGGAGAACCUGUGGUCAGACUGAAGAAAAGAAGUUCCCGUUGGAAAACAAGCGUCCGGUUGUCUGUCUUAAUUGUUUGAUUUAUUUGAUGUGUGUUCAGUCUUAACUAACUUACGUCAAAAGAGUUAAUCAGUCAGUGAGGUGAAAUAAUUCUACUUUCACUGUCUUGUCCAACGGCGCAUUACUUAUUUAUGAUGGCUGACAAAACUGUAGCAAAGUGCUUGUUAUAAAUGUAUAUCCAACGAGGUAGUUCUGUGGAACUUACAUCCAUUUCUGCAGGACACGCUCUCCCCUUUGCCAGUAUGAAUGACUGCAGGAGCAUAACACCAACUAUGAUCCUGACCCCAAGAGUCAGAUACUGUUAAGAUGGACACUUGGCCAACGUAACUAAAUGAAGGAGCAAAAAAAAGGAUGGUAAUAAGCAAGAAAUAGGUUAAAAAAAUUACAAAUACACAUUAAGAAGUAAAUAAAAAACAACAACAGUAAUUGUUGUUUUGUUGUUUUUAUGGAAUCCAAUAGUAGUCUGACCACACCUGAUGCUGACAAGUGGGUACAAAUUUUCCCUGAAACAUUUAUGAUGUGUUGUCCUCCCUCAGUUCACGAUGCUAAAUUGGUCACACCCUGUCAGUGGUGACAGAGUGGGGGGGGGGGGGGGGGGGGGGGGUUGUCAAAAUGACUUAUUUGCAGUGUACACAAACCACAGUCAGAGAUACAUUAUUUAUAUCUAAAUGAACAAAUAUAUUAAAAAGUACUGUUAAAUACAUUGUUUUUAAGGUUUUUUACAUUUUUAUGUGAUCUUUCAAGAGUUUUUCAAUCAGAGGAUGUACUUUAAGAUUAUUUUCAAAUUAAGAGUUUACAAAAGAUGUAUUUAAAAAAAAAAAGAACACCCAUUUGCUGCAGUGUCUGGGUGACGGGUGUUGAGAAACAUAGUUUUAAGACUACCGCUGGCAUUUGUUGACGUGGUAGUCCCUUGGGCUUUUCGUGCCGAGGUUAGAGCACAAGACAUUUCAGAUUAGAGCUGUUUGUGACGAUGUCCUUUUGAAAGCAGGAGAGGGAAAGGAGAUGCGAGUACCUGAUAAAUGUUGUGUUUUGAUGGACUUUCAAAUGUAUUUUGCACUACAUCUUAGCUUGUAUGUUAGAACAUCUUUCAGCAUUGUGGUUGACGAGAAGUGUUUCAAAUGUGAAUGCAAGGGGAGAAGAAAAAAAGGGAAAAAAAGAAAGUUACAAGGUUUGUCAUUAAUGAGGGCUUCUGCUGACCCCACAGAAACAAAAUAUGUUUUACUUAGUGGCACAAAUAAAAAAAUAAUUUAUACCCAAAUACAUUUUUCUGAAAUGUUUCCUGGAACAUAUAUAAAGUCUUAAUCAAAUCAAGAAGGAAAAGACAAAAACUGCAUUUUUAACGGAAAUUGAUAGCUAAAAAACCAAGGUAUGGCAUGGAGUUGUUUUCUGUAAUACUGCGAAUUAGUUCAUGCAACUUAAAACUAAAAGAUAUUUAUUUGUGUGAUUUGUCUUGGAACAUAAAGCCAUCAAAACCUUGUAAGUUUGUCACACAGAGGGCUUCUUCAGUGUAGUGUUGUUGCUUUGAAUUGUAGAAGUUAAAACAUGCAAACAGUGAGAAAAAAAAUCUUCAGGCACAAUAACAGUUGUCUAAUAAAAACAAAAAACUAAGUUUCAUUCAAAAUGUUGCUCAGUUUGGAUGAACACCUCAGGAAAGGGCAUUAGCAAUUUCUGUCAAAAUCAAAGUAUGUCUAAAAACCUGCAUGCAACAUGUGCAUCUUAACAUAUUCUAAUCAUGUAUUUUACUCUUCAGGCAUUAAGCUUUCAUCAAUAUCCAAGCUUUAUAUGUGUAUGCUCGAAUAUUGCUUUAAUUUUAUCAAGAAAGAGUGUGUCAUUUUGUAUAUCACAAAACCCGUCUCGGUUGAGUUUUACAAUGCAAAGGCCAACACCUUCUAUCAGGCUCAUUUAAAAGAUGAGUUGUGCUUUAAAACUCAGAUACUAUGAUAUGAUCAUUUACCACAUGGAUGAUAUACGUUAAAAUCACAUUUGUUUUCUUUUUUUGAAGCGUUAGUGCUGGAUUUGAGAGAAUACAGAUUUGUACAGCAUCAUUUUUGUGUAAUAUACUCCUGUAACAGAAAAUACAUGUGAAAUUGUUGUGUCAUAUAUGCAGACUUUCAUCAUUGCAUCAUUGAGCAUUUGUCAAAGUAUUUUCAGUUCCAAAAAAAGAUUUAAAAAAAACUUUGCAAAACUGAGAUAAGAUCAACUUUAAUGCAGCAAAUGAAACAAAUACAUAGUCUAUCUACCCCAUAAUUUCCCUCAGUCUCCAUUUGUAAGCAUUAAUACUCUUUGAUGCAAUGCGACAACUAACCAGCAGCUUCAUCUCUAAAAACAAAAAUCAGUAUUGCCUUAGAAACACAGCUCCAUCCUGGUAUAACUUCUUUCCUAGCACUUUGCUGUGCUUCAUCUGCUUCCAGCCAAACUAGAAAAAGUCAUGUCUGCCCCUUUUUCUCAUCGGUCAGUGCAAAGAGCAUGCCCUCAUUUGUAAAUAUUGUGUUUAUAUUUGUGGCAAAGGCAAAAAAAAAAAAAAAAAAAAAAAAAUAGAAAAAGUAAAAGCUGUCCUUUCUUUCUACCCUCUCUUUGUCUUCUCAGUGUAAGGUAGUGUAGAUAUAGGCUUGGCUGUCUCAACCACCUUAGACUUCUGCAUGUGUUUUGAACAUUUGGGAGAGUCUAAAGGAUUUUUAGAAAAGCCUUAUCCAGGAAAAUUGUUUGAAUUCAACACUUUAUUUUUUGGCUCAGAAAGACUGGCAAAAUUUGGUUUUUAAUUUUGUUGUUGAGAUAAAAAAAACAAUUGCGACAGAAAAUGUAAUUCUAUCAUCCCAUAAACAGCAUUUCAGUUAGAUGCAUUAUGAUGCUAUCACUGCGUGUCUGUACAAUGUUCAAUAGCUUUUUGCUUCAGUAAUAACAGGAAUGCAUAUUAACUAAAUGAAACAUUGUUGGAAAUUUGUCCAUUUUUAUAAAAAAAGAAAAUUUGAACCAAAUUUCAGCCAUCAAACUAACUGAAUACUGAAAGUUCAUGUGUUUAUUAGUUUAUGAUCAAUGUAAACCAUUUCUUAAAUAAUAGAGUUGUUUUUUGAGUGAAGUAAAAAGUCUGAAUGACCUGUGGUAACAAAGACCAUUACCCCAUUAGUCACUGUAGCAUUACAUGACAUUGUAGCCCAUCUAUGAUGUCCUCAGUAGCUGUUUUAAACUAACUUCUUUGUUUUUAUGUUACAAAAAGCUUUCUCUCUUUUUGUUUUAAAAGCAACAAAUGUUAAACUGUGAUUACCUAAUUGAUGUCAGAUUAUUUCAAUGCAAAGUUACAAUUUCCUGACAUGAGUCAAGUAUUUAUAAACCUUAAAUUUGAUGACUGCGCUGUGGAGACGAGUUAAACUCAACUAACAUAACCAUUUAAAAGUAAUACGUGCUUUGAACUCGUUUAUUUAAGAUUUUAAAUAUUUGAACUCAGGUCUACUUUAUGCAAAACUGAUAAAAAAUAAAUUUUGAAAGAAAUAAUGUAUAUUCUUUCAGUGUUAUGUGGGCAUGCAAAGUGGUAAAUUCUAUUGCACGGUUUGGAUUUCGUUUUCAGCUGUCAAUCAAACCUCUUGUUUAUUGGUGUGGUUGUUGUUUUUUUAUUUUUUUAUUUUGUUUUACUUGUUAUGUUCUUUCUGCCUAUUUGUUUAUAUUUUGUUUUCUGUGUUUUAAAAAGAACACAAUUAGAGAUUUUACUUAAGUAAAAAAAAAAAAAAGAAAAAGAAACUCUAGUACUGACCCUCCUCUUCUGGGACAACCAAGCCUUAUAAACUUUGUGAAGUGAAAAUUUUGAAUGUUUCUAUGUUCUAAAAGCAAAACAAAUGAGUUGUUUUAUAUGUUAAUACUGCCACAAUAAAUCUCAAUGAAUAUAUA